AAGCAGAAUGCUGACAAAGAGGGUGCUUCUGUCACUUUCAGUUAUCACUUGCCCCUUAUAAGUUCCCCAUUCCCCAUGACUCUUUUCUUUGCUCUCAGCAAUUCCAACCUCCACCUUCUUUAACUUAAUAAAAGAAAACCUCUUGCCUUUUCUUGAUUCAAAAGCUCUCAUAUCAACUUCCAAGAAUUACCCAUAUAAAUUUUAGACAUGAGAACAAGCAACCACUUGAUAGGUCUAGUGAACUUCUUCACAUUUCUUGCAUCAAUCCCAAUCUUGGGUGGUGGAAUAUGGCUAAGUAGCAGAGCAAACAACACAGACUGCUUAAAAUUCCUUCAAUGGCCGUUAAUAAUUAUUGGGGUUUCAAUUAUGGUAGUUUCUUUAGCUGGUUUUGCUGGUGCUUGCUAUAGGAACACUUUCCUCAUGUACCUUUAUCUAUGGGCUAUGUUCUUCAUCAUAGCUGCUUUGGUUGGUUUUAUAAUCUUUGCUUAUGCUGUCACUGAUAAAGGGUCGGGUCGACCCGUUAUGAACCGGGGCUACUUGGAGUAUUACUUGCAAGAUUACUCUGGGUGGCUAGAGGAAAGAGUCACAAGUCAGAGCUAUUGGAUGAAAAUCAGUUCUUGUAUUAGGGAUUCUCAUGUUUGUGGUAAGAUGAGGAGAACAUAUAAUAACGGAAUUCCAGAGCCUGCUGAAAUGUUUUACCGUAGAAAGCUUAGUCCUCUUGAGUCUGGUUGCUGCAAGCCCCCUACAGAAUGCGGCUAUACUUACAUGAAUGAGACAGUGUGGAGUCCCGGAGGAGGGCUGGUAGGAGGUGAUCCAGAUUGUGUUAGAUGGAACAAUGAUCAACAGCAGCUCUGCUAUAGCUGCAAUUCUUGUAAAGCUGGUGUUCUGGCAAGUCUGAAAAAGAGUUGGAGGAAAGUAUCUGUCAUCAACAUUGUCAUAUUGAUCAUUCUAGUCAUCAUGUAUAUGGUUGCCAUAGCAGCCUUUAGGCACAACAAACAGAUCGAUAACGACGAGCCUUACGGAGAAACUAGGAUGGAGAAAUCUCAACCUAGCAGGAUACACUUCUAAGAGCUUCCCCAUGACAAUACAGUAAACCUUGAAAUGUAUUCCCUAUGUUUGGCAUUUCUAUCUUAUUAGAACAACAUGCUUUCUUCAUACUUUCAUAUGCCCCCUUUUCCCCUCAAAGAGAAUUGGCUGUAAAUCUCGUAUGAGUUGUUCUGUUCUUUUUUUAUAAUUAAUUCCUUUUUAUGCCA